AUGUGCGCGCCGCUCCACUUCUGUGGCGCCGUCGUCGCCGUCCAGCGCCUGGAGCAGCUGGGUUCCGACGCCUGGCACAGGUACCGGCUUCAAGUGCAGGAGGCGGAGUGCCAGGCGGGCGCGGGCGCGGAGCCAGCCGCCGAGGAAGAGCUGUUGACCGAGGAGGAGGCCAGGCAGAACACGGUCGUCAACACGGCCCGGCUGGCGAUGCUGCUGCAAUUCGUGGGCGGCGUGGUGAUGAUGCGCAGGAUGACGAAGAGCCAGAACCCGUGGGAGGUUGGUUGUCCUGAGGGCCAGGGGGGCUCGCAUCAGCAAGCAUUUGUAUGCCCGGCUUGUGUAUUCGAUUGCUGUAGCGUUUUGCGAUAUUGA